CUAAUGAGCCUCAAUGACCUUCAGUUUUAGCUUUGAUUUAUUAUCAUGCGUAUGUUUCUUUGAAAAAUGCCGAAACGAAGGCUCAAAUCGUUAUCAGUACGUGAAAAAAUGAAGUUAAUAUCCAUUUAUGAAAGUGGGAAGCUACGCGAUGAAGUCUUCAAGCAACUUCGUAACAAAAACGUUCCGGUAAGUGGACCGAUGAUUAAAGAAACGGCCAAAGAAUUAGCGCGAAGGCUCGUUUUGGAAUCACUCGCUCAAAAGUUUUUAUCACCCCUUGCCGCUUCGCAAGAAGAGUUGAAGGGAGGACAAAUGUUAUCACUAAAUUUUAUAUAA